AUGAGCCAUCCAAUCCCAUGGCGUGUGCUGAUUCCAAAAGAUUCCGUCCCGACUGUAAUUGGGUCGGAGAGUGGGCAGCUGUUGCAGCAUCCAUCUGGCGCAACAGUGUCCGUUUCAACGGAACACGAAGCACCUACAUCUUUGAGCGACAAGAUAUUGACCUUGACGGGCUCCAAAGUUCAGAAGGAAGAGGCGUUAACAACUGUUGUAGCUGCCCUUUUCGAAUUUCAGGGAGUGCCGGAAGAUGAAUCGGACAUCUGCGUUCUGGUGAUGCCAUCGUGUGCAGUUGGGGCAGUGAUUGGCACCAAGGGUGCCAAAAUCAGUGACAUCAUGGCCGAGUCCGGCGCCGACAUUGACGUGGGAAGAGAAUGCAUUACCGGAAUGCCUGACAAUCCCGUGGUGCUGAAAGGUCAGCGUUCUCAAAUCGUGAGAGCAGCAGUGCUGGCCAAUGACGUGUUGCAGGAUUUGGCAGACAAGGGCCGCGUUCAGGCUGAUGACUUCCGGUACAUACCUGGCCGGAUGCCAGCACCGCGGGUUGGAGGUCGCGUAGCGUACUCUUCCUGUGCAGCGGCUCGCUUCCUCUUUGGGAAAGAGUUUGCGGGGUUCAUGAUCGGAAAGGGCGGCGAAAAGAUUACCAAGAUUCGAGACCAGACGGGUGCUACUCUCCAGUUUCGAGGCUCUGCUGAGGAGGUUGCACUUUUCCUUGGCCCGGAUGAUCGUAUUUUAGAUAUUCGCGGGGCGCCGUCACAGCGCGACCAGGCUGUCGAGUUCUGCUUCAAAGAAAUGGACUCUGCCCCACAGUCAAUCCAAGAUACGCGUAUACUGAUCCCUCUGGCUGUUCCGGAGGCGCCGCUGGAAGAAACGGUGGCAAAAACUGGCGCAUCUUGCAGCAUGUCACAGGACACGCACAUUGCAAGCCCAGAAAGUACCGAACGCGUGGUUCGAUUGGAGGGCGCUCCUUCAGAACGACUAGCAGCGGUGCUGGGUUUAUUGGCGAAGGCUGACGCGUAUGCAGCAAAUGCCUCUCCGACGCCUGUUCGGCCAGUUGUGUCAACGGCACCCCCUCGCACAGAGAAACCAAAUGGAAGCUUUGCCGCAGCUCCUGCCGCAUCUGCCAAGUGCGCAGAUGCCAAGGUGGAAGAUUCUGAGCAGAGAAUCGAGCCCGAGUCAGGCAAAGCAUAUACUUUUUCAGAGUUUCGAGUGGCUUUUGCUGCGACAUAUUCUGAAAAGGACAUUUGCGACUACUGGCGUGAUGCGUGCAAGCCGGUCGAGAAAGGUGGAAAGCCACCUCGUGAACUUGCCGAAGCUGCGCAAGGUGAAGAGCUUGGCAGCCCGCCCAGAACUCCGUCUGGCCAGCAAGAACCGCACCCGGAGCCGCCACAUGGUUUUCGCGUUGAUGUGCAGAAAGGUGAAGCAGGUCCGCUGGUCCAGCAUGGGCAUUUGGCCGAGAUAGCUGUGGGAUGCGGCGUGCACAUCGAUGUUUGUGGUGAAAUCGCGCCUGGCAAGCUGCAGGUGAUCCUGUCCGGCACGUGUGCCACCAACGCGAUGGCUGUGCUCGCGCUUCAAAUGCGUACGUGGUUUGCGGGUGGCAGGCUGUAA